AAAUAAAAAGAGCGGCAGCUAUGUCGUCGUUUGUUUCUGUUUGAGCUUGUCUGUUAUCUGUUGUUUGGACUUAUCAUUUAAUUUUAAUAAGAAAUUUUAUUUUACAUAAAUAAAUAAUUCGUCUAUAAAAGUUACUGCUGGUUUUCCUAAUUUGGGAAUUGUUUGCAACAUGUUGGAAGAUGGGCCUGUUGAAGAUUCUGAGGAUUUUGGCACAGAGGAACCAGUAUGCAUCGAUGGUGUUAUUUUCUAUGGCCCUAUUACAGAUAGAGAAAGGAUAGUCAAAGAAAGAUUUGAAAGAAGACAAAAAGAAAGACUUAAGCCUCAAUUUUUGCCAGCAUCUUCAAAUAAAGAAUUUUCAGGAUCAAUGACAAUGGCAUCAGAGGAAAGCAAAAAUGAUAUAAAUGAUGUUUCUAUUUAUGAAAGCUUUUCCAUUGAUGAAAGCAAAUAUGAAAGUUUCAAUGACAGCUUAGAUGAAAGAAAAUUCCUUAACCCUAAUGAAAUAAAUGUUUCCAAGUUUUCAUCCGAGAACAUAAAUUUUAAUAAACGGAAGUUUCAGGGAAAACAAAUGCUUAAGGGUUCAAUAUGUGAUAGUUUGGAAGAUAUACAUUCUCUUGUAUCAAAUGUUGAGAAACUGAGUAUUUCAGAAGAAAUAGAGAACAUUAAUAUCUAUGAAAAGAAUCAUAUAUAUGAUGAUUCUUUGAGAAAUGAUGUUUGCUUAGAAAACAAAAAAAUUAAUUCAGUUGAUCAGAAUUAUGAUGAUGAUUCUUUGGCAAUUCUUGAUUUUGAGAAAACUUUUGAUGACAGUUUAGAAGAAGCUGACAUUCUUUCAUUUUCUCAUAUGGACAACGUUGUAAUUCUGAGAAAUGGAGAAAAUGCUGAAAUUUCUGUUGAAAAUUUAGCUAAAGAAAAUGCUGUUACAAAAAAUCUUUUUGAAACAUCUGUUGAAGUUAUUUUUGAAAAUGCAGGAUAUUUUGAAAAUUCAGAAGAAGGCAAUGCAGAGAUUCCUAAACAGUUAAGUUUUACUGCUGAUUCUCUAUCAUUAUCUGAGAAUAUGUCUAAAGACAGUUUAGAUGGUUUACCAGUCAAUCCAAAAUAUUUAAAACAGAAGACUUCCAAAAAGAGUUUAUCUUCAUUGAAUAGGGAUGCAUCUAGAAAUUCCCUUGAAUUGGAAUAUUGUGAUAAUAUGCCAACUAUGAAUGAUAUGGAUUCAAAUUGUGUAUCUAAGCAGAAUUUAUCUCAUAAUUUUAAUGAACAUGCCAAAGAACAAUUUACUGAUAUUAAAAGAAAUAUCUUUGAUUCAAAUGAUACAAUUAUUAUUGAAGAUUCUUUUAUUAAGUCGCCUGAGGUUACAACUUCUAUCAAAAAAGAAAAUCCAAUAAAAGAUACAUUUUCGGUAAAUCAACAAGUGAAAGAUUUUUCUUUUCAGAAAAAGGAUUCUUGGUGUAAAAAUGAUUGUAUUAAGUCCUAUUCAGAUUCAGCUUCAGCUUCAAAUACUCAUUCUGCUGUGAUAAAAAAUGAUAUAAAAAUUUCUGAUGAAAGCAUUAACAAGAUAGAUAUUCAUCCAAAUGAUACUAUUUGCAUUGAUGACUCAUUUAUUAUGCCUCAAAAUACUUCUUUAAUCAAGGAUGAAUCACAUCUUAUUAAUACAGAAAAUCAAAAAAAUAAUCAAGAAAAUGUCGCUACUGAGUAUCCAAAUGAUAUAAUUUAUGUUGCUAAUUUUGUCCAACCAAGAUUAAAUAUAAAAAGUGAAAAAUGUAUACCUAAUGAAAAAGUUUCUAAAAAGCAUAUCAAUUCUAAAUUCUGUACACAAAACCCUAUUAAACAGGAGCCUGAGAAUUUGAAAAUAGAAAGUCAUCCAAAUGAUACUAUCUGUAUUGAUGAUUCCUUUAAUUUGCCUCAAAAUAAUUCUUUGAAUCAGGAUGAAUUAUAUUCCUUUGAAACUCAACAAUUUGAAAACCAAAAAGAUACCAAACAUAUACUCUCUAGUAAAAUCAAAAGUCCUCCUAAACCAAAACUAAGCGAUGAUUCUUUUAUUGCAUCCUCUCCACCCAUGCUAAAUAAAAACAGUGGGAAGAAUUCAUCUAGUCUUAAGAAAAAGAAAGAAAAAUUCAUCCAGGGAGAAGAUUUUAAAAGCUGCUUUCAGUCUCCUGUUAAACAUCAUUUAAGACAUUUGGAAAAGAAUGAUGAAAGAAAUUUUACAGCAAAUGAUACCAUCUGUAUCGACAAUUCACCUAUUGAACCCUUGAGCAUAAAGAUGGAAAAGAAGAAUCCAUCCUUAAAUAAUAGUUCUAAAAAGAGUAGGAAAAGUCCACACCAAGAUAAAAAUACUGAUUCUAAAAUUCAUAUUAAGUCGCCUAUUAAGCACCAUGUAAGACAUGUGGAAAAGAAUGACAAAAUAAGAAUUUCCAAUUCAAAUGAUACUGUGUAUAUUGACAAUUCAUGUGCUGAAUCCUUAAGAGUUAAAACUGAGAAAAAAAGUCUUCCUUCAAAUAAAGAUACUAAAGCCCCUGAAUUUAAAAAGGAUUUAUUAAAUAAAAGACAGUUUGCUGCUCAUCAGAUUGCUAAGGCAUUUGAUUCUUCCUCUGAAGAAUUUACUAAGAGUAGUAUUUCAAAUAAUACUUUAAAAGAUUCAAAGAAUGUGAUUGAUUAUUUUAAAGAUGCACUUGUGCUUCCCAAGGAUUUACCUAAAGACAGUAACUUAAAAUUACAACUUGAAGUGGUGUUUGAUGAAAAUCAGGGUCUUAAUAUAGUUUCUGUAUCAACUAUUGAUCAGUGUGCUAGAAACAUUUCACCUUCAAUUACUAAGGUGGAUUCUAGAAGGGAAAUUGUAGGAAUAACUAACCAAAGUCCAGAUUUAAUUGAUAAAAAUCAAGCUAUUGCUGAGCCAAAAGUUAUUGAAAAGAUUAGUGAAAACAGCAUUGCAUCUGAUAAGAUUAUUUGUAAAGGCUGUUCUCCUGAUAUACCUGAAGUGAAACCUUUUGUUACAAAAAACUGUCUGGAGAAAAACAAAACUGACAGCAUAUUUGCUAGUGAUGCACAAAAUGGAGCAAAUGAGCAUAAUGCCCAUUUAUUAGAAGCUCUAGAUUUGCAUGACACUUCAUGCAGUUUUAUUGAUAAUGGAUUUUUACAGUCCAGAGAUUCAAUCAUGCCAUUAAAUUUAUGCAUCAGAAAUAGAUCAAAUGAAAAUAUUUACCAAUAUAUUUCAAAAAGUGAAAGCAAAGAAAACAUUCCAUUUUUAGAUAAAGAACUAGUCGCUUCAGAUCAUUCUAAAAGCAAGAAAAGAUCUUCAACAAAAGUUUCAAAUAAAACUCCGAGUCAAAUGAACUGUAUUACAGAUGUUAAAAAAUCGGGAAGUAAAGCAAAUUCUACUACGAAGAUUCCUAUUCGUAAAAUAGAUAAUCCAUUUUUUACUCCUGUUCAUCAGAAAGUAUCAAAGGAUGUUAAAUCUGGUUCAUCGACUGAGAAAAUUUUCAAAAAUCCUCUUGUGAAGUCUGUAUCUGCAACAGAUAAUUUGACUUCUGCAAAACCCCAGGAAACUCCUAGAAAGCAUCAUUUUUGUUCAGUACGCAAUUCCAUAUCUAGGGUUCCUAAAUCGACGCCUAGGUCAAUACCAAAGAAAUUUCAAAACAUUGAAAGUCCUAUUGCUAAGUAUAUUGGAAAACCACAAAUCUAUACGCCUCUGAAAACAACUCAUCGUUUUGAUGGAAACUUAAUUGUGGGAAAUACAGAGAAAACAAACAAGAAUGGCAUAAAAACUCCCAAUUCUGCAUGCAAAGGAUCACCUCAGUGUUCUACUGGAAAGCUGUAAAAAAGGCUUAUACUUCUGUGCAGUUAUUUGUCAGUAUUCGUCCGUAUGCUACUUGCAAGGUUGCAUGUGCUCAAAGCUUUUUUAAAAUGUAUCAAUUUGAAGCAUGUAAAAUAUGCUACAUAAUUAUAUUUUUAAUGUGAACUUUGUUAUAUCCUAUUGUUUUAUUUCUAUUUAUGUGAUUUAAUUAUAAAAUACUUAGCUGCUGUGAUGUAAAAAUUUUCAUUCUGCAAUUGUAUUUAUAUACAUCUAGAUAUUGUUUAUGACUUUCAGUAUAAAUAUAUGCUUUUGUAGAUAUAUGUCUAUUUCCAUUUAGUAGCUUUAAAUAUA